CACAACAUAUUUUCAUGAAUGGGUUUAUACCGUUUCUUACAAAAAUUGUAUAAAACACGGUCAACAUGAUAUCCUAUGAAAAAAGGGUUGUUGUUUUAAACACGCUGGUAACAUUGUGAUAUGAAACUACCUGGUUGAUUCAGACACCAAAACAACUUAGUUAAGCUUAAGCAACAAAACAGUAGUUUCCAACAGGACAUGAACACUAACCCUAACCCUGGAACAAAGUCCUGGCUGGUUUGUGCCAUCCACCUCCCUCCUACCAGCUCCAUUUGCUACAAAAAUAGACACAAUUUCAUAGGAUGGCUGGGAAGUUAUGUGCAUUACUGUUUUAGGUACAUGAAUCCACAGUUGAAUAAAAUGACUGCAGUUUUAGCAUUUCUAAGCUUUUUUUGAGGCAGCAACUUUAAUGUUUCGCUUCUGUCUGUCUUUUUAAGCCCAUAUACUGUACACUACCUGCCGAGCAGCAAAUAUUUAUCAAGACACACAAAUAAUGUCACCAUGCUUACCAUUUGCCACAAUGCAAAUGAGCGCUAUGAAAAAGAGUCAUCCUGAAUGUAGAGGUCUCCAGCCAGGCAGGAAGCCCUGUGCCUUUCUUUAUCAGUCAUCAACCAGAUGUUUCCUGUUAGUAGCUCCUCUACAAAGAAGGGGCGUAGGUUUGUGCAUGUGUGUGUGUAUGUAAUGCUGCCACACAAACACUGAAAAAGUCGAUAGGCCUCCCUUAUACUUUCAGUACUUACUGUCAAGUCUUUGACUGGUGUUCAAUUGUCACGGCAAAAAAGGAGAAUUUUGACUAUGAAUGGAAAUGUUGAUUAAACUUUUUUGGAAACCCACCCUUUCUCUCAACAAGUCUCUGAUCCAUGAACUUACUGUAAAUGGGAGGAGCAUAAUAGAAAGAGAGGCAGAAUCAGAGAUAGUAUCAGUGAGAGACGGAAAGCAGAAAAAGUGAGACAUGCUAAGCUUUAAUAGAUCAACUUCAGACUGAAGUGGACACUCCACGUCAACAUUUUCCUCUGAAGCAACAGAAUGAAUCUCUUUCCACCCAUGGAUCUAUCCACACUAUUUCAAGUCUCCCCAACAGAAACACAUCUUAUAAUACAGUAUAUUAUUGACAACGACCAAAAGAAGCUCAAAAAAAUCAUCAAGGACAGCAACAUUAAUGAAGUUUACCCGUGCAAAGAGUGUGAUGACUAUAUAACCCCACUGAUUGCUGCCAUUGUGAAUCACAAUAGAGAUAUUUUUACAUUCCUUUUGCAUCAAAGUGCAAACCCUGACAGUCCAUCCCGAAAGGGCUUGACACCUUUGCAUUACGUCUCACUAUCCAACGCACCACUGCAUUUUGUGGAGAAACUGCUUGAAGCAAAAGCAAAAGCAAAUGGUUGGAGUCCCAUACAGCGGUUCUCUCCACUGCAAACUGCUGCCAUCAACAACAGAGAGGAUGUUCUGAAAGUUCUCCUUUCUGCUGGUGCUAUGGUAACAUUGUUACCCUUCACUGACCCUGAAUAUAUUACUCACAAUGAAAACAUAUCUCAGAUGAUUCAUAACCUUGCAUCGAAAGGAGAUGCAUUAUGCUCCAAAAUCAGAUAUUUCGUAGAUGUGGAAAUUGCUGUGCAAAGGGAAUCACCUGAAGAAGUGUUUAAAAUGUUUCACAGCCACAUGCUGGAGGAGGAUCCUCAGUUCCAUCUGACCAUGAUUGAAAUACUUUUUAAUGUAAUUGGACGUCAUGCAGAAAAAUACCGCCAGGGAUGUAUUAAAUGGCUGAAAGACACUGGAAAUCUGAACUCCUACAUUACAAAUGUUGCCAGUCGCCUCCCAAACAUUGCCCAGGAAAAUGUAGGUCAGGCAGUUAGAAGUUUACAUGCAGUUUUGCUUACAGUGGAAGAGAUACCAAAUGAGCAAACAUCGGCCAUGAUCCCAGAACUACUGAAACUGCUUUGCUCAAACGAAAGGCCUGAGUUACGUGAAGUUAUUAUGCAAGCACUGUAUGUGAUAACACAGAAAACAAAAAGUACAAAUGGCUGGGAUCCAAACUUUAUUGAGAAGUUAUGCAAAGCAGUCGCUCCUUUUGUGCAAAAAGAAUUAUCUUCAGACAUCAGAGUCUUUGCAUACGGUAUAUUUGGAAACUUGCUGUCAUUUGACCAUGCAGCCAAAAUCAUUACAUCAGUGGGGAUAACUUCAGUGCCUGAGGACGUACUGAAUUCUGCAGAUAUAAAAAUGAAUGACAAGCUGAAAGAAGUGCUCAGACGACUGAAAAAUCAUUUCAGUCAACCAAACGAGGAAUGUGACGACUCUAAAGCAUUGCCUGAAUCCAAGAAAAAGAAGGUAAGGCCAAAAAACUGUGAAGACCUAACAGAUGAAGUUUGCACAGCUGCAACUGACCUAACAGCAGCUCCUGUUAUGAAGUCGACUUCAAAUGUGAAGCCAAUCCACUGUAACACCCCUCUGUCACCAGUGACACACAAAUGGCUACAAAUCAGCCAGAGAUGGAGAGGUCAAUUAGAGAAGCUUGUUAGCACUGAUGAAAGUGAAGUAACCAGAAUUGGGAGCAUGAUCUAUGUGAACAAAGAAUUCCGCAUAGCCAGGGGAAGUGAUGGCACUGAAGUCUUCUUGGGGCUGAGAGAUGAUGGCACUGAAGUUGCUAUAAAAAGAAUGACUCAAUUAAAUUAUGGAGUGCUGAAGAAUGAGGAAGGAUUUCUGCGUCUUCCAGAGCUUGAUAGUCAAUCUAUUGUACGAUACGUGGACUUUGCAGAGGAUGAGAACUUUGGAUAUCUUGGUCUUCAACUGUGUGAGUACACCCUGGAAGAAUACAUCCGAAAGAUCGAUGAUGGUGAUCUGCUGAAAAAGAAACUUGUCAAACAGGUUCUCGAGAGUUUAAAGGUGCUUCAUUGUCAGAAUCCUCCAAUUCUGCACCGAGAUCUCAAACCACAGAAUGUUUUGAUCGAUGUUAACGGGAGAGCAAGAUUAGCAGAUUUUGGCAUCAGUAGACGGUUAUCCAAAGGCCAAACAACUCAUCGCACAGGCAGUGCAGGAACAAAAUGCUGGAUGGCCAAGGAGACUUUAACAGAAGAAGGUGACACUAACAUACCAUACAAGUCCAGCACUGAUAUACAGGUGGCAGGGAUGCUGAUCUAUUAUAUCCUCUCUGGAGGACACCAUCCUUUUGGCGACAAACCCUGUAAAUGUGAGAACAACAUUGAUGAAGGAAAGUACACUUUGGACCAUGUUCAAGAUGUGGUGGCAAAGGAUCUCAUCGAGGGGAUGAUCAAUGAAGAACCAAAGAAAAGACCUAAAGUGGAAGAAUGCUUGAGUCAUCCCUUCUUCUGGACCACUGACAGGAAACUAGAAUAUUUGAGAAAGGUUGGAAACAGGGAGAAGGCGAGAAACUGUCGAAAGGCUGACCAGGAGUUAAUUUCUUCACUGGAAAAAUGUUCUGUGGAUGGAUCCUUGAAACAGUGGAAAGAAAAGUUUCCACCAGAGUUGGUCCAGAAGAUGGAUGGCAAGAAGCCCUACCCUGAGAACACACUGGGAUUACUGCGCUUCAUACGAAACCUCCAGGAGCACUAUGAGGAGGAUGCAGCCCAAGUUGAUGUGGUGUCAAUAUUUCCUGAUCUCUUUGGAUGUGUUUACAUGUUUGCCAAGACCCAAGGGUGGAAUUCAGAGACCCCCUUGAAGGAAAUGUUUAGAAGAGAAGACCUCAGCAGCAGCUUUACAAACCUGUGCAUAAACCCUGAGGAGCAUGUGGGUCUCCCAGUUCAAGAGUCUCAGCCCAGUGUCUCAAAAAAGGACUAAGGCCUUCAAAAGUGAAUUAAGAGUCUUACAAGCAGUCAGAGGGAAAACUAGACGAGGUCAAAGCCUAGUAUAUGACUGACUGUGUUUGGUCAAUGUUAUUUUGUGGGCAAUGUGUUACAGGAAGAGUUGAUGUCAAUAACUAGUGCUGUAACAUGUAUGGAGACAUAAUAUAAACACCUCUGUACUAUCAGCGAACAGUAACGCAGAUAUCGGUUCACAUCGUAUAAUACCUUUGAAAUUAAAUGAGUGGACUAAAAGCACUGUCCUUAUGAGGCCAAUGACAACUUGUUUGAAAACAGGCGUCCCUUCUGAAUGUAGAAAAGGACAGCGGAGGCAGUCUCAAAAGCAGCCCUGACCCUACACAGAGUGGGAUCACUCAUUCAUUCAGACAGUCACAUACACACCCGUGUGUAGGGCUGACCUCUGGGAUCAGCCAAAAAUAUUUAAACAAUUCUGAUAUAUUACUGUAUUUUUAAAAAGUUUUGUGUCCAGCCCAUGUUUAAAAGCUGCUUUUCUGACUGUGACAUGUCAAAACAUCUUCUGUUAAUAAGCCUGUGAGGAUUUGCAUGUGUAUUGUACAUAGGAAGUAUUUUCCAAAGGCACACAGUAAGAGCAGGCUAAUAGAUUAUAAGAUACUUUGCUGCAGUACAUUUUUAAGGGACACUUUAGUAUUUUGUAAGAUUUUUUACUUUUACUUUACCAUUAGCAUCAUAAGAAAAUAUUUCGGUUUCAUUUUGCUGCAUUUAUCUGAUGGUUGAGAUUAAGGAUUACAAACGUUUUUACAGAUUGCACCAUCUUAAAAAAAAACUUAAAAUUUACAAUGCUUAUCUAUUUUAGCACUUUAUAUUUUACUGCUGAUAUAUUUUUACUGCUAUUGUUGUUAUUGCUAUGAUUGGUCUUUUUAAUCUUUUGUUCUUGUUUUUUUUCUAUGAUAUUGCUUCAUUAUGUGGGGGAAAUGAAGAAAGGGAAUAUAUAUAUUGAACGAGGAUAUCAAAUCAUAUCGACAUGUCUUUCAUUAAAAAAAACGUGUUCUUGAGUUACUUUAGUCUUGAUUUUUUUUGCUGGUCUUGUCCCAUAACCUGUUGUUAUAGAUUGUAAGAAGUUCAUAAGUACCAUAUUAAAAAGUUUGUGAGAGAAAAUAAAGAGGUUUGACAUUUAAUCUGUUCUUUGAAAAAAUUGACUGUUGACUUACAAAACUGUAACUUGUGAACAACUCAAAGGCUGCAAUGUGAAUCUGUUUGUUGUACAAAGUCUUAAGAAAUAUUUCUACUUUAUUUGUAUAAAAGGUUUUUAAUGUAUUAAAUGUUAGUAUCAGUGUUAUGGCUCAAUAUCAAUCAGGAUCAAGUCUUCUCUCACGUAUAAUGUUUUUGUUUGGAUGAAAGCUCACAGUGUGAUUUCUUUCACUUCCUUUACAAAUGACAUUAGGAUUUCUACUUUUCUCAACUGUUAUGGAAAUG